AUGCCUCCCAGGAGAGCCGCAUUACAAAGGUCUCCCCGUCAGUCCAGACACCUUCUCCUACCCAAGGUCUACCCGUCAGGCCAGACACCUUCUCCUACCCAAGGUCUACCCGUCAGUCCAGACGUCAACUCCUGCCCAAGGUCUACCCGUCAGGCCAGACACCUUCUCCUACCCAAGGUCUACCUGUCAGUCCAGACGUCUACUCCUACCCAAGGUCUACCCGUCAGUCCAGACGUCAACUCCUACCCAAGGUCUACCCGUCAGGCCAGACACCUUCUCCUACCCAAGGUCUACCCGUCAGUUCAGACGUCUGCUCCUGCCCAAGGUCUACCCGUCAGUCCAGACGUCUACUCCUGCCCAAGGUCUACCCGUCAGUCCAGACGUCAACUCCUGCCCAAGGUCUACCCGUCAGUCCAGACGUCAACUCCUGCCCAAGGUCUACCCGUCAGUCCAGACACCUUCUCCUACCCAAGGUCUACCCGUCAGUCCAGACACCUUUUCCUACCCAAGGUCUACCCGUCAGUCAAGACGUCUGCUCCUGCCCAAGGUCUACCCGUCAGUCCAGACACCUUUUCCUACCCAAGGUCUACCCGUCAGUCAAGACGUCUGCUCCUGCCCAAGGUCUACCCGUCAGGCCAGACACCUUCUCCUACCCAAGGUCUACCCGUCAGUCCAGACACCUUCUCCUACCCAAGGUCUACCCGUCAGUCCAGACGUCAACUCCUGCCCAAGGUCUACCCGUCAGUCCAGACGUCAACUCCUACCCAAGAUCUACCCGUCAGUCCAGACGUCUACUCCUACCCAAGGUCUACCCGUCAGUCCAGACACCUUCUCCUGCCCAAGGUCUACCCGUCAGGCCAGACACCUUCUCCUACCCAAGGUCUACCCGUCAGUCCAGACACCUUCUCCUACCCAAGUUCUACCCGUCAGUCCAGACGUCAACUCCUACCCAAGGUCUACCCGUCAGUCCAGACGUCUACUCCUACCCAAGGUCUCCCCGUCAGACCAGACACCUUCUCCUACCCAAGGUCUCCCCGUCAGUCCAGACACCUUCUCCUACCCAAGGUCUACCCGUCAGUCCAGACGUCUACUCCUACCCAAGGUCUACCCGUCAGUCCAGACACCUUCUCCUACCCAAGGUCUACCCGUCAGUCCAGACACCUUCUCCUACCCAAGGUCUACCCGUCAGUCCAGACGUCCACUCCUACCCAAGGUCUACCCGUCAGUCCAGACGUCUACUCCUACCCAAGAUCUACCCGUCAGUCCAGACGUCUACUCCUACCCAAGGUCUACCCGUCAGUCCAGACGUCUGCUCCUACCCAAGGUCUACCCGUCAGUCCAGACGUCUACUCCUACCCAAGGUCUACCCGUCAGUCCAGACGUCUGCUCCUACCCAAGGUCUACCCGUCAGUCCAGACACCUUCUCCUACCCAAGGUCUACCCGUCAGUCCAGACGUCUACUCCUACCCAAGGUCUCCCCGUCAGUCCAGACACCUUCUCCUACCCAAGGUCUCCCCGUCAGUCCAGACACCUUCUCCUACCCAAGGUCUACCCGUCAGUCCAGACACCUUCUCCUACCCAAGGUCUACCCGUCAGUCCAGACGUCCACUCCUACCCAAGGUCUACCCGUCAGUCCAGACGUCUACUCCUACCCAAGAUCUACCCGUCAGUCCAGACGUCUACUCCUACCCAAGGUCUACCCGUCAGUCCAGACGUCUGCUCCUACCCAAGGUCUACCCGUCAGUCCAGACACCUUCUCCUACCCAAGGUCUACCCGUCAGUCCAGACGUCUGCUCCUACCCAAGUUCUACCCGUCAGUCCAGACGUCAACUCCUGCCCAAGGUCUCCCCGUCAGUCCAGACACCUUCUCCUACCCAAUAUCUACCCGUCAGUCCAGACGUCUACUCCUACCCAAGGUCUCCCCGUCAGUCCAGACACCUUCUCCUGCCCAAGGUCUACCCGUCAGUCCAGACGUCCACUCCUACCCAAGGUCUACCCGUCAGUCCAGACGUCAACUCCUGCCCAAGUUCUACCCGUCAAUCCAGACGUCUACUCCUACCCAAGGUCUACCCGUCAGUCCAGACACCUUCUCCUACCCAAGGUCUACCCGUCAGUCCAGACACCUUCUCCUACCCAAGUUCUACCCGUCAGUCCAGACGUCUACUCCUGCCCAAGGUCUACCCGUCAGUCCAGACGUCUACUCCUACCCAAGGUCAACCCAUCAGUCCAGACGUCUACUCCUGCCCAAAGUCUACCCGUCAGUCCAGACACCUUUUCCUACCCAAGGUCUACCCGUCAGUCCAGACGUCUACUCCUACCCAAGGUCUACCCGUCAGUCCAGACGUCUACUCCUACCCAAGUUCUACCCGUCAGUCAAGACGUCUACUCCUACCCAAGGUCUACCCGUCAGUCCAGACGUCAACUCCUACCCAAGGUCUACCCGUCAGUCCAGACGUCUACUCCUACCCAAGUCAUUUUGAGGCAAGGUUUGUGACUCUUUCACCGAAUAAUAUACGGAAGACCCGACGUACGUUGUCAAAUAGACACAACUACGACAGCAAUGACCAGCUCGUUUUUCAAACUAUCACCUCGGAAAGGGAAGGUCUGAUCAGAGAAUAUCGGGAUACAUCAGGUAUCUCCGACGUCAAGGUCGAUCGCUACAGCAGGAUUAUCCUCAUCGAUUAA